AUGCCCAACACCGCGCCGAAAAAAGCCCAAUCCGGAGUGCAAGCCAAAAAAAAAGAAGGAAAUGACGCUGACGCGGAGCAAUACACGAGAACCAGGGGUCUCAUGAAGCCCAAAGACCAGGUGGAGUUAAACGCAGAACAACUGAGGGAAAUAUUCGUCCUGAGCCUGAAUUCCAACAACACUCAAAUACCCGACAGCAUCGUAGUGUGGAGUUAUGCCGAUCUUACCUUCAUCCCCGGCCCGAUGGCGGGCAAUAUGGUGGAGGUGUUCACACAGAAGGGCAGCCUCCUUCGCAAGGAUUCGGAAGAAGCUAGACAGCAAAUGAUAGAAAUGGGAUUAGAUCCGGCUGAACUCGAUUUAGAAUCCGUGGAAGAGGAAGAAGAAGCAGCGCUGGAGGACGAAUUGAUGAUGGAAGGAGAGGGAGAAGAAGCGGGAGAAGAGGGCGAGAUAGAGGAAGAAGGACAAGGAGAAGGGAAGAAAAAGGAAGGCGAGAAAGAAGAGGAUGAGGAGGGUGAGGGCGAGGAGGCCCCUACGAAACCCCAAAAACCCAAACCGGGUGGUCGACCAAAGAAACUUACCAAUCUAUUCAAUUUUUGCGAACGAGCGGCCUUAACUUACAGCAAUCCUUCAAGGCCCCAAGAAACGCAAACUAUACCGCCACCGAUGGCCACUUUCUCCGCCCUGGUCACCCCAUCGCUCAUCUACGACAUCUACAUGAAGGACUACGAACGACAUGAGGAAGAAAAAGAACGCGAAAGGCGGGAGAAAAUGGGCAUGCCGCCCAAACAUAUAAUCAAAAAAACACCCCAGCAAAUAAACGACGAAUUUCAAGCGAAGCUGUUCAAAGCAGCUCGUGUUUUGGAGCGCAUGAUCAACCAAAACACCUACUUCGAUAUAGCCAAAGAUUACAGGUAUUGGGACGACCCAGCGGACGAUUUCAAAGCCGAAGAAGGUACAGUUUUGCCGCUGUGGAAGUUCGAGUACAACAAAACCAAGAAGCACACGGUCUGCGAUUUGGAAUGGAAUCCCUAUUAUUACGACUUGUUCGCAGUGUGCUUUGGAUUCUUGGAUUACUCGAAACCUGUAGCAGGAGGGGCAUUGUGCUUGUUCACGUUAAAGAAUCCUUCGUUUCCUGAUUACGUUUGCAUGACGGAUUCGGCGGUGAUGUGCGUGGAUACCCACAAGAAUUACCCCUACAUGGUGGCUAUUGGACUGUUCGACGGCAGCGUAAGAGUCUACAACGUGAACUAUUCCUGCAAGGAGCCGGUGUACAAAAGCAACAGCGUCGAGAACAAACACAGAGGUAUCGUUUGGGAGGUAAAAUGGGCUGAAGAUACGCCUGAUGGCGAAUUGAAUUUCUACUCUGUGGGCAGCGAUGGCAAAGUGAACAAUUGGAUUUUAAUGUCCAGCGCGCUGACUGUCAUAACCAUAAUUGAACUGCUUUUGGACCAACCGCCGGUGCACGGACCGGACGGUACCACUUUAAAAUUAAAAGCAAGCAUCUGCUGCUUCAAAUUCCACCCGGUGAAACCACAAAUAUACAUGAUAGGCACCGAAGAAGGCUACAUCUACAAAUGCAGCGUGGCCUACAGCUCGGCUUAUCUUCUAAAAUACGAGGCCCACCAAAUGCCCGUCUGUCAAAUAGACUUCAACAAAUUCAACACGGACAUAUUCAUAUCUUGCAGCAUGGAUUGGCGGAUCAAAAUAUGGGAGGACAACAGAAUGGAACCGCUGUUUGUGUUCGAUAUAGGCGAGCGAAUAGGGGAUGUAAAAUGGGCUCCAUAUUCCUCCACAGUCUUCGCCUGCGUAACCACCGAAGGGAAAAUUCACGUGUACGAUUUGAACGUCAACAAAUACAAGCCCAUUUGCGUGCAAGCCAUUGUCUCCAAAAAGAAGAACAAAACCACCAAACUAGCGUUUAACUACAAUUUACCCAUAUUAGUUAUCGGAGAUGAUAAGGGUUGUUCCUCGAUAGUGAAGCUAUCGCCGAACCUGAGGAUACCGUGCAGGGCUCCGAAGAAGCAGCAGGACUUGGACCAGAACACCUUGCAGUUGAUGAAAUUGGACAAACUGUUGGCGGUGCUUAGAGAACCCACGACGCUCUCGUUACCGCCGGAUACGGCUGAACACGACGACGAUUAG